GGGGUCCAGAAGCAGCAGAAACGAGAGAAAGAGGAGAAGAAGCCCGUUUCGACCAUUUUGCUGCUCUAGGCAGCUCGCUCCGCCGGUACAAAUUCAGCAACUGCGCUGCAUUUGGAGCCGGUGAGCUCAUUUUACUUCGUCCUGAUCUGCGUUUCUGAACAGAGAGAGAAAAUACACUCUCUCGCAAUAUCCGAGACAACUCCUCCAUACCUUGUUGCUGUGCUGCUGUGUUAGGACGAGUUUCCAGAAGCACAGAAAUUGGCUCAACGCAGGCUGACUGAUCCCGCACUGGCACCAAGCAGGGAGCUUAUUCAUUUACCAGACACGGCCAGACAGCCUUCGCAGCUGCGGCGAAUCACACAUCGGCUCACCUCUUCCGGCUUCCUUCCUGCUCAGUGGGGUUUUGCUAGCUUCACUCACUCGAAUCGUACGGGUUGCAAGUAUAUAUCGUUGGCUGUCGCCAUCAGUUAGACCUACCUCUCUUUCCACACCAGUCCAGGCAUACAACAUAUCGAGACGACACGGCCUUGUAGUCACCCCUCACCCAUACACUCUACCCUCCUCACCACCUGACAUCAUCACACCGCAACCAUGAAGCUCCUCACCAAGGAACAAGAAGCAGAACACUACCGCCAGACCCUCAUAGGCGGCACCAUCGGCGGGUUUGCAGGUCUCGCCGUCGGUUUGGCCGGGGUCGCCUUCGCCCAUCGCCGCUACCAUUUCUUCCGCAACCUGACCCUCCCGCUCAAAGCAUUCCUCGUCACGUCCUCCGGCACAUUCGCCGGUAUCAUCAAUGCAGACCACUACUCCCGUGCCUACGAGGCCUCCCAAAACCCCAAAGAGGUCGAAUUCCGCCUGCGCCAGUCCGAACAGGCGAACUUGGAGAGGGCCAACAAGACAUGGACUGAGCGGGCCAUGGAUUUCGGCCGCAAAGAGCGGUACAAGAUUGUUUUCGGCUCCUGGGUUGGCUCCAUGGUCGCAGCAUUCGCCCUCGUCAACAGGAACAAGUACCUCACCGGCCAGCAAAAGAUCGUCCAAGCAAGAGUCUACGCCCAAUUCCUCACGGUUGGCGUCUUGAUCGCGACUGCGGCAUUCGAGAUUGCCGACCAGCGGAGUGGGCAGGGCAGGUGGGAGACGGUCAGAUAUAUUGACCCCACCGACCCCGAACACAAGCGCAUGUUGGAGAAGCAGGUCGAGAGGGACACCACGAGCCAAGGCACCGGCAGCGGAAACGACGAUCUGUGGAAGGAGAUGGUGGAGCAGGAGGAACAGAGAUUGAAGGCUCGGGAAGAGUACGAGAAAGAACAUCACAGGAGACACAAGAAUGGCAACGGGAAGAAGAAGCACGAGCAAGAGCACAAGGAGUAGAUGGAGGAAGCCAGUCAGCUUUCGGCGACCACCACGAAGACAAGGUGGCUUUCUGGAAAGCAUCAACAACCCAUUGGCCUCCAACAAGGACCUACCACGCCAGCCACGACUUUCGACACCUGACGACUGGUACGAUUGUGUACAUUACUACAACCCUGCCGACAUCAACAUUGCGACGAUGAACCCUCAGCGUUGGCCUUUCGAGCUCUAAUCGGUUCAAGACCGUUUCCCACAUUGCGCGACUUCUAUUCGACGAGAGAAAAGUGGCAUUUGACGGAGUAAACGGAGGAUAAAUUGCGGCAUGACGAGGAGUAGCCGGCGUUUUGGACGGAGGAGAUCUGCAUAUAUCAGCACACGGCGGUGUGCAACCCAUUUCUUGUUUCUCUAGUCGCCAAACUGUGGAAAUCUGAUGAGAGCGAGCGAAAAGUUGCGCCUCUGUUAUACACCUUAGCACAUAUCCUAUUGCUCUGACGCAGAGAAAACAUAUAUAAUAGAACCUGAAUGGCUACAAAUAUGGUCCAUUUCUAAACAGGCACAACUUAUAGAACCAGGUCAUGAGCACACAUGCAUAUUCAC